AUGUCUCUCUUCCGCAUCGCCCGUCCCACAAUUGCCCGUCGCAGUCUUCUAACACCAUCAGUCCGCUACAAGCACACUCUCCCGAACCUUCCCUACGACUAUGCAGCCCUCGAGCCGGCCAUUUCCGGAAAGAUCAUGGAGGUCCGUACACCCCCCCCUCUCCCUUUCGGAUAGGGAAGGAGAAAGGCGAGUCAAUAUAUGUGCUGAGUGGGUGCUGACUCGGAGGGAUUAUUAGCUGCACCACUCCAAGCAUCACCAGACAUACGUCAACUCCCUCAACGACGCUGAGGAGAAGUACGCGGAUGCGGUAUCAGCGAACGACGUCCAGAGACAAAUUGCUUUGCAGCCUUUGCUGAAGUUUCAUGGAGGGUCCGCUCAAUAUCUUCUCCUCCCUCCCCCCUCCCUCGCAUAUUUCUCUAUUCCCCUGAGGCGAUGGCUGAUCUGUGAGCAGUGGCCACAUAAACCACACCCUCUUCUGGGAAAACCUAGCGCCAAAGAGUUCCGGCGGAGGAGAGCCCCCGAGCGGAAAACUCGCCGGCGCAAUCACCGUCACGUACGGUAGUGUCGAAAAUCUCAAGAAGAACAUGAACGUUAGCCUUGCUGGAAUCCAGGGCAGCGGAUGGAGCUGGUUGGUUAAGGAUAAGGAUACUGGAGCUCUGCAGGUUAUCGCUAUGCCUGUGGGUACAUCUUUUUUCUUCUUCCCCCUCCCCCUCCUGCGUCUCCCUGCCGGCGGAAGGGUUCAAGGAGAGUAUUAAUGAAUUGUGUAGAACCAAGACCCCGUGGUGGGCAAGUACGUUCCCUUAUUAGGGAUUGAUGCUUGGGAGCAUGCCUACUAGUAAGACUUCCCACAAGUUAAAAACUGAAAAAAAAGAACCUUUAUUGUUGAAUGGAAGUGCUAAUAGGGCGCAUUUUCAAAGCCUUCAAUACCAAAACCGCAAAGCAGAGUACUUUAGCGCAGUCUGGGACGUGGUUAACUGGAAGGCUGCCGAGGCUCGUUACAGGGCUGCGGCUUGAUAAAUACCUCCUUCUCUCCCUCCCUUAUUAAGUCCUGCCCAUGCCUUAGCAAGCCCCGGGAGG